UCGACAUCAAGUCUCUCUCUGUCCCUCUCACUCUUUAAAACACAAACACUUCAAUUCUCACCCCUGGCGAUGCAAGGACUACGACAAAGUUGCUCUGACGACGUCGAUCUUCUCGACCUCAGUUCCCCACUGAACUCCUCCGCGUCCUCUUCUUUAUCCAUCGACGAAGCAGAAUCCACGGAGACAAGAAUCCAACGGCUUAUAUCUGAGCACCCAGUUAUCAUUUUCUCUCGAUCUUCUUGUUGCAUGUGUCAUGUCAUGAAGAAACUCCUUGCCACCAUUGGUGUUCACCCUACUGUCAUCGAACUAGACGACCACGAGAUCUAUGCCCUCCCUCCCGCGGCUGAAGACGGCUCCUCCUCCACCUCCUCUAUUGCCCCUGCUGUCUUCAUUGGGGGCACCUGUGUUGGUGGCCUUGAGUCUCUUGUUGCUCUUCACCUGAGUGGACAUCUUGUGCCUAAGCUUGUUGAACUUGGUGUCUUGGCUUUCUCUUCUGGGUAUGGUAAUAAUAAUCAUAUCAUAUUAUCAUAAUAAUAUAAAAGGGUAAUCAAAUUAUGAAUUUAGGUCAUUAUUACUUGAGAGAAAUAAUUUAUAUCUCUGUUUAAUUAUUUAAGGUGUAGUACUAUAUUAUUAUAGUACAACUCAAGAAAGUCUGCUCUCAGUUUAAAGGUUAGUAUUUAUUUUUAUGUUUAUUUUUUGUCUUAAAUUCGAAUUAGAUUAAGUUUGUCUGAUUAUUAUUGGGUUGUAGAUGCACUGCAUGCAGUAGUGGUGAGAAGAAGUAGUGUGUAAUAUUUAAUUGAUGAAAGGGUCAGUAGAAUUUUAUAAAUUUAUAAAUUGUUCUAUGUUUGAAUUUAGACAUAGAUUAAUAUAAAUUUAUAAAUUGUUCUAUUAAACAA